AUGUUGAGAGAUGGUGACCGUUAUACCUUUCAGUUCGCCGAACUGAGGGGUGAUUCAUACUACACGGCGUUUGGUAAAAUUACCAAUAGUUUUCUGCAAAUGUACCGUAAUACGAAACAUUACGAGUUAAUAUUGACUGCAUUCCUUAACCGCCUCUUGGAGGACCCUACUAAAAUAAGCUCGGAGAAUUACAAAAUUCUCGGGGAUGCGUUGAUGGGUUGUAUUAACACACUUGUUGCAGAGAGGCAGGCGCCGGAGCCAAUCCGCCGCUUGAAGGCACGGGGUCCAGAUUAUCGGCGGUGGAACGAGAACGAUGAGGAUGAGGUGUUUGAGGAAGAGAGCGAAGAGGAAUAUGAUGAAGGACCUCAGAUAUCGGAAGAAGAACAGAAGAAACUGGAGGAGGAUCGCAUCGAGAGGGAGCGCUUAGAGGAGGAGCGCAUAGCCGCACGCGAGGAGGAGCGCCGCCGUAACGAGGAGGAGCUUCGUUCCCGCGCCCGGCAAGUAGAUCGAAGGGCGAUGAGCGAACUUCUUCAGCACGUGGCUGUGAUGAACCCUGGUCAAAAAAAACCAAAAGGCGGCAAACAGCAGAAACAAAUCAGUGCAGAGACUGUGGAUGAUAUGGAGAUUCAAGUGACACUCUUGAGGAAGGAAAAGGAUCGUAUUCAGAUGGUUCUGCAGUACAGCGAGGAAGAUCUCCCUUCUAAAUUGGCUGAGGCAAAGCAACAGCUAGAUGAAGUUGUCUCAAAACUCAACGCCCAGGGCAGCGCAAAGAAGGGUGACACCGGUACAGCCAAUAUGGGGCAAAAACAGCUGAGCUCACGUCUUUCGGAGUUAACGCAAAAACAAACGAAGCUCACCAUGGAACGGAACCGUCUGGCGUUGCAACUUAAAACGGAACCGUGUCCGCUUCGUGAGGAACUUUUAGCAGUAUUAAAGGAACGAGAUGAAGCGCAAGUCAAGGUUGACUUUGCUUAA